CUCGUUUACUAUCAACAACUGUCAUUAAAUUCGGAGAAUAAAAAGCGGCAGCAGCAAAUAAGUAGUAAAUUAUUUAAAAUUUUAACAUUUAUUUAAUUUUUUGUUUGUUAAUACUCUUUUUGGGAAUCGAAAAACACUGGUACAUGAUGUCAAGGUAAAUAUUCUCAGACUGGACUGUAGAAUAUUUCUUCAUACUGAGCUGCUAAUGUUCCCCCUGCAGACAGGCUAUCUGCAUACUCUCAUGGUGGGACAUUAUAAGUGUCCUGGGAAAGCGGAUCUUGGUUCAUCCCAUGUGGUUAAUUCACUCCCCUCCUUCUUCAUGAUACAAUAGCUUUUUGAAAUGUCUACAAUAUUGAACAUUGAAACAUUCAUAGUCCUCAGUCAAUGAAAGUACAAUUUAAUCAUUCAACUUGUACUUUUUGAAUUAUCUAUAAUAUUGAUAAUUGGAUGAAAGUCUGUAGAAAAUGAUUUUUUGGAUUCUUUCGUUCUUCAACUGGUAUCUGAGUUUUAUAUAAUAUAAAACCUUGAAACAUAAAUUUAUGCAUGUAGUCUUGAGUAAAUAAGAAUCAAGAAAAGUGAAGUUUUAUGUUUUUAUCGUUAUUUAAUUGGUACUUUUUAAAUCUUAUAAUAUUGAACUUGGAACUUUUUUGAUUUUCUGCAUUAUUGAACCUAAAAACAUAAAAUUAGACAUAAUGUAGAUGGUAUGUUCAUUAUGAAGAAAGAUAUUCUAAAGGCUGGAAUGAAUGACAUUAUAAAAGGUAAUAACCGACGUGGUCGUGGACGGUCACGUACGACAAGAGGUGGAUGGCGUUCCCAAGUUCCUGAUGUUGCACUCUAUCAGCGUGCAACGGUUUGGCCGCAACAAAAUUAUAAUGCCACGUACGGUCAGCCACCUAUAGUUUUAUUACCUCCAGAAUACACCGCACCAACUCAUUUAGAACAAUAUAUUCCAACACAAUAUUAUGAUUACUUUUCAUCUUAUCCCCAGUAUGAAUAUAACCAUCAGCAAUAUUAUAAUCAACAACCAACUUAUAUGCCAUAUCCCCCAGUGCACGCAAUACCACGCUCCACCCUUCCCUCAGCAACAACAACAGCACCACCACUACCUCAAACAGCAGCACCGCCACUACCUCAAACAGCAGCACCACCACUACCUCAAACAACAGCACCACCUCCGCCACCAACAAUAGCACCACCACCGCCACCAAUAACAGCACCACCAUCGUCAGAAGCAUUUAGCACCACCUCCGCCACCAUCGUCACAACCGCCACCAACUGCAGCAACACUGCCGCCAAACUCAGAACCAUCUUUGGAUACAUCUCAACCAUCGGUUGAGAACAGUUCAGAUGGAACAUCAUCAAACAAAUGUGUAAUCGCGUAAACACUAAUGGGUAAUUUUUUAAUUAAGAAAAAUACAUUUUAUUCAACAUAUGAAGUUAAAUUUAUCUUUUAUAUUAUAAUUUUUAUUAAAAUAAAAUACAUACAAAUCAAAACAAUUUUAAAAAUUUGUAUACAGUGGUUAUGACUAUGAAUGUUUAA